AUGCCCACAUGGGCAAGAGGCUUCCUGCUCCCCACCCACUUUUGGCUCCUGCUUCCUCACCCUUCUUUGUCCCCUGGCUCCACACCUCCUCCUCGGCAGGGAUGCAACCACCUGAGGUGGGUGCAGGGGGUGGGAGCCGGGGCUGCCAAGGAUGAAGGGGGCCUAGGGGGGGCCCACAGAUCUCUGCAACCUCAAGGACCUGUCCCUCAGCCCCUCCACUUUCCCUGUCCCUCUCCUCCCUGCCAACCCCUGUCUCAUAUAGGGACCUUCACUAUCCGGCUGCUUCACACCUCUACCUUCCAAAACACCUCCUUUGUGGACACGGAGGGGCUGGGCCUGCUGGAGGACAUCGAACUUGGUUCUCUUGAUAAGCACACCUGGUCCAUCCACUUCUGCCAGCCCUGGGUGCGUCCAGCCCUGUCCCACAGUGAGUGGGACAACAUUGACAACAUAUUCAGGAUCUAUUUGCAUUCGUGCAUCCGCCUGAUCAAUGAAGGGGCCAUACAGAAGGAUGUGCCCUACCCCUUUGUGGUUCAGUACAUGGCAGGCUGCAAGCUCUACCCCAACAGGACCUCUCAGGUCUUCUUCUAUUUGGGCUACAAUGGGCAAGACUUCCUCAGCUGGGACACCGACCAUGCCACCUGGACCCUCUCCCAGGACACCGACCUGGCACGGUACGUCAGGGCUGUCCUCCAGAACUACACCAUCCUCGGUGAGCUGGUGGAUGGCAUCUUCAACGAUACCUGCAUCAAUGCCAUGGAGAUGUUCCUGAGUUACGGGAGGGCAGCUCUGGAGAGACAAGAGCUGCCCGUGGCCACGGUCUUUGCCCGCACGCCCAGCCCACAACAGCUGCUGCUGGUUUGCCACGUCACCGCCUUCUACCCCCGGCCCAUCAGUGUGGCCUGGCUGAGGGAUGGCCAGGAGGUGCCUCCGGGCCCGGAGCUCAACACCAGCCCCAUCCUGCCCAACGCUGACCUCACCUACCAGCUCCGCAGCGUCCUGGCCGUGGCCCCCCGGGACGGGCACAGCUACGCCUGCCGCGUGCGCCACCGCAGCCUGGGCACCCGCAGCCUCCUCGUCCCCUGGGGGAACUCAGAGGUGGUGCUGAUCACAGGGCUCGUGGUCGGGCUGCUGGGAGCCGUGGCUGUUGCUGCCUUGCUGGUGCUUUGGGUGUGGAGACGCAGGUGACACCAGCAGAUGGAGGAAUCAGAGUCCAGGAACUCCAUCCUGAGCAAAGAAGCUUAG